CUGAGCGGCGUGACAUAAACAGGGUCACCUGGAGUCCUACAGACCGAGCGGUGUCCUUCAGCUUAACAUUGGUGCGAGGACACUUCACACCUUCCCCCUCCUCGCCACGCGUGACCCCCUCUUUUCCUCCGUCCUCCGGCUCGGUAACGGUGAACGCUCGGGUUCCUGCUGGCUUAAUCGGGGGUGCAGAGCUGGAGCUGGAGCUGGAGCUGCAGGAGGGACUGCUGCGCCGCGUUAGAGCGUUAAGUAACUUAACGGAGGCGCGGACGGACACUCGGCUGACUCAGGACCAACAACAUAAGCCUGUCUGCUCGGCCAAAGCCGCGUCACUGCGUCUGGAAGUGUCUGCUGAGCCCACACACGGACACUGUCCGCCAACCUCGUGUGGACGGUGAACACGCACACGCACAGCUGGGGCUCCGGAGGGAACCGAACUGCUCUCACAUGAUGUACACAAUAACCAGAGGUCCCAGCAAACUAGUCACACAGCGGAGGACAGGCCCCACGCAGCAGAUCGACAGCAAAGCCAACGACCUGAAGCACAAACAGAGCCACUGGCUGGACUCGAGCUCACCGGCGCCUAAAAUCGUCUUCCAGCGCCUGAACGGAAAGCGCUACCAUAGAUCGACCUCGCCGAAAGAGGACAGCACAGCUGAGGGCUUCACUCCAGCACAUGAAGAAAAUGUCAGAUUUGUGUAUGAAGCUUGGCAGGAGGUGGAGCAAAAGCUUGGGGACGGAGCCCAGCCGGAGAACGGGAAAGGCCCGGUGCAGUAUGCCGAGAGGAGUCCUAACCCCAGCAUGAAGAACUUUGUGCCUAUUGAUCUAGAGGAGUGGUGGGCUCAACGUUUCCUGGCCAACAUCGCCAACCUGUCAUGACAGCUGCAGGACAGUGGUGCAGCGGGGGAGGGUUGUGGGUGCUGGACUGAGGUGGGGCUGGGGGGUGUGGGGGGGCUCAGGUUGACCCACCAGGUGAACUAAGCUGAGCUCUCUAUCACCACCACAGGACACUGUGUUCAGUGCAGUACAUAGAGAGAAGCAGAAAGAGGCUUCCAUCUGAACUUGUUAGAUGUGCGCCCUUUCUUCUUUGGUUGUCCCGCCGCUGCCUGGCCGGCCAGUCUCUCUUACCCACCCACACUCACUCACACACGCAGAGACAGACAACUCAGAAAGAGAGGAUGAUCAGAGAUUUUCUUCCGCUUUUGGUUCUUUCUAACAGCGUGCCGAAAACGAGACGUCCGUUUUUUUUUUUUUUUGGCUGGUCUUUGCAUAAAAAAAUGUGAAAAAAAUGAUCAUUAAAAACAGUAAAUUGUUUUUCAAGACUUGGUGUACUGAGCGCCUUCUUUUAGGAGAUACAGUUUGUAAUACUGGAGAGUAUUAAAAAGAUUGUUUUGA